AGACCGUUGCGGCAUUUUUCCCGCCUGCUUUUCUGCUCGUCUGCUUCUUGUCGCCUCACACUUCUCGACGACCACACUAAACCGAGACACUUCAAUGCGUCAGAUCUUUGCGACCCGUUCUUACUUCGAGUCGAUUGUACCCCGUUACACCCGUGACUCAACCGGGUACCUACCCUCUGUGCCCCCGCCAGCUUUAGUCGCAAGCGCGCGACAAUAAGAUCCGCGAUCCGCCACCCACGAUCCACAGCAGGUCUCGGCGAUUUAGGUGGAAUUAUACGUUGAGAAACCCAGUCGGAAGUUUGCGACCGUUCGUUGCGGAUUCGAAGACCGACAUUACGCAGUGCGCCAUAUACCAUACGUGGAUAUACGUGGAUCCGCCCGUCCGGAAUAAACUGAAGCGUGCGGGAAUGGUCCCGGCGCCCCGACAGCUGGAGAUCUUGAGAUCAGGACAGUGAAACGUGUUGUUAGAAAAGCCCUCCGAGGCUGUGACCGAAUUUGUAGAACCCAUCGGUGUACGCGAACGCGUGAUACCGAGUUCCGCUCCCCCCUCCCGUGGCUGGGGAAUACAUGACGAAAUGAACGUGGAAGCCAAGGACGGCUCCCAGUCUCCCGCAGACCUUGAUCGCGACUCUGCGGAUGCCACCGAACAUUCAGAACAGAUGGAUUCCAAGAUGAACGGUGACGGUAGCAAGAAUGAGAAUGCUCGAAAAGCUGCGAAUGCGAAGGAUCCCUCGCGACCGCGCCGGAAGAAGGCCCGGAGAGCGUGCUUUGCUUGCCAGCGAGCACACUUGACAUGCGGCGACGAGCGACCCUGUCAACGUUGUAUCAAACGUGGUCUCCAGGAUGCAUGCCAUGACGGCGUUCGCAAGAAGGCCAAGUAUCUCCACGACGCUCCCGACGGAGCAUUGAUGCCCGGCGUAGGAGGCACUUUUUAUAACAACAGCAACAACGGUAAUGGGAUAACGAAUGGUAUGCCACCGAUGUCUAGGAAUGGUUCCUCGUCUACACCACAGCAACAACCGCAACAGCAAACUCCAAGUACUACCACUUUUUACCCCACGCCUCGGCCACAAUCCCAGCCGCAGCCAGGAUCAUAUAACGUCUAUCCAGACACCACCACUAUUAGCCAGAGUCCUUUCACCACUCAGUCUCCUGUAUCACCAACUUUCAAUCUGAAAAGUAGCACGAAUGGUCGAAAUGCGAGCUUAUCCUCCACCGUGGGCCAGCAGCCCACUCCGACUACGGCGCUCUCGGGAGAUACUAGCCAACCGCCGAAUCCAUUUGCCGGACCAUUUUUCGACCCCAGCGACCCAGCACUCUUCAACUUCGACCUGUCUAGCAUGAAUUUCGAGAAUCGCUAUGGUGCUCUCGAAUUCGGCAUGCUCGGUCACAUGGCUACCGGGGCGGGCGAUUCUCCGACCGACUCGGCAGGACAGCGAGGGUCGAUCGGCCGCAGUGGGUCUGCGCAGUUCUCCACGCCCGCCCCUGGCUUUGGCGAAAGUCCGGGGAAUCAACAGCCAUUCAUGUUUGGGGACCCCUUGCUCAAUGAUUGGUCGGCUGGUCAAGCCUCGGGACAACCGCACGUGAACGUAAGCGGCGUGUACGGUCAAAAUGGCAUGUUGUCCGGCCACAUGAAACCAGAUGCGCCUCAUGCCUUUGCCAUCGAGAGUGGUCCAGCCAACUUCACUAGCCCUGGAUCUGUGACAGCUAGCCCGCAUGUGACGGUGGCCGGACUGGAGGAUGCGUCCGCGUUCAACAAUAACAACAAUGUACCCAAAUCGAGUAGCAACCUGGCACCAAAUGGGCAACGACCCCUGAUCACGACCCCGAGCCUCAAGCACCGUGAUCUACAGGUGGGCCCACGACGACGUCAUCGCAACCCAUCGUCGAUCUAUGAAAGUGUCAAGGAGCCGUAUGGCUACACGAAUGGUUUCCACAAUCUUACUGCAUUCAUCCAACGGCGGUUCACGCCGCAAAAGACUGUGCGCAUCGCUAAAGCGCUCGCUUCUAUUCGUCCCUCAUUCAUUGCGACCACCAAAACCUUGAACCGCGAUGAUCUUAUUUUCAUGGAAAAGUGCUUCCAGCGGACACUUUGGGAAUACGAAGACUUCAUCAACGCCUGCGGCACACCGACCAUUGUCUGUCGACGCACAGGCGAGAUCGCUGCCGUCGGCAAGGAAUUCAGUAUUCUUACUGGAUGGAAGAAGGACGUCCUCCUUGGUAAAGAGCCGAACCUUAACGUCAACACGGGCGGGUCUGCCUUGCCACAGUCUGGUACAACGUCGAGGGGAAGCUUCACGCCGCGUAGCUCGACACUAGAGAAUGCCAACAGCGGACGUCCGCAGCCCGUCUUCCUGGCGGAACUGCUAGAUGAUGAAAGCGUGGUUGAGUUCUACGAGGACUUUGCACGCCUUGCGUUUGGUGACUCUCGUGGUAGUGUUAUGACGCGAUGCAAGUUGUUGAAGUAUAAGACCAAGGAAGACAUGGAGGGCGGCUCCUCUGAUGAGCAUGGCAAGUGGAACAAUCACUUGCGCAAGGGUGGGAUCGCUGGCGAAGCUGGCAUGAACCAGCUGGGCUUCAAGGAUGGCAAGGUCGAAUGCGCGUACUGCUGGACAGUCAAGCGAGAUGUGUUCGACAUUCCGAUGCUCAUUGUGAUGAAUUUCUUACCAUGCAUUUGAUCGCUACCCCUUGGGAUGUCCGAUUACUUCCCUUUGACUUUUUUGUUCACUUUUGCAUGUUUCGUUCUGGAAUUUCUCUUCAUACCCUUACUCGGCUUCUCUACCGAGUCUUUCUCGUUUUCGUUUUUUUUUUUUUUUUUUUUUUUUUUUCAUGUUCUCUCUUACGUACGCCUGCCACCUUAUCCCGGUACAUAUUUCUCCUGGUUCUGGGAUUGUAUGAUUCCCCCUUUACCUCCUUGUUCCAGUAUCUUGUCUUGUGCCCUGCCCCCACAGUACAUAUCUCUGGGGCUUGAUCGUCCCGGUCUUCCUGCCUUGCCGGGGCGUCUGUUGAUAUUCUUUGUUUCUUGUUUCUUGUUUCUUGCUUUUGUGGCGCUCAAAAAGGUCAACAAAUGAUAUCUCUGGGUUGGGAUUGUUCUUUUAUGAUCUAAUGUCAUUGAUUACUGGAC